CCGCGCACCGCCAUCGGGGACCGGCGGCCCCGCCGUCCGCGCGGCGCCUCCGCCAGAUUGUGCCAAGGAGUAAGCCAGCUUUUUGUAUCCUAGCAUGGCAAAUGAAGAAGAUGAUCCAAUUAUACAAGAGAUCGAUGUGUUCCUGGCCAGAAGUCUGCUGGAGAAGUUGUAUCUGUUUCAGUAUCCAAUUCGUCCAGCUUCCAUGACAUAUGAUGAUGUUACACAUUUAUCAGCGAAGAUAAAACCAAAGCAGCAAAAGGUUGAACUGGAAAUGGCCAUUGACACUUUGAAUCCAAACUACUGUCGCAGCAAAGGAGAACAGAUUGCUCUCAAUGUAGAUGGCACUUGCACAGAUGAAACAAGUACCUAUUCCUCGAAGCUGAUGGACAAACAAACUUUCUGCUCUUCACAAGCUGCAAGUAAUGUUUCCCGCUAUGCAGCUGCUGUUUAUAGAAAAGGUGAACUUCACCUGACUCCACUGCACGGAAUUCUUCAGCUGAGGCCAAGUUUCACCUACUUGGACAAAGCUGAUGCAAAACACCGCGAAAGAGAAGCUGCUAAUGAAGGUGGUGAUUCAUCCCAGGAUGAAGCUGAAGAUGACGUUAAGCAAAUUACUGUACGGUUUUCCCGCCCUGAGACUGAGCAAGCUCGUCAAAGACGUGUUCAGUCCUAUGAAUUCCUGCAGAAGAGACAAGCAGAAGAGCACUGGGUUCAUCUCCAUUAUUAUGGCUUGAAGGACAGCCGUUCAGAACAUGAGCGCCAGUAUUUAUUCAGCCAAGGUCACGGCCUUGCUGAGAAUACAGAAUUAAUAAAAUCUCCCAGUGAAUAUUUAAUGAUGCUGAUGCCUCCAAGUGUAGAGGAAGAGAAUAGCAAACCAGUGGCUCCAAGCAACGUGCUUUCUAUGGCCCAGCUGAGAACUUUACCCCUUGCUGAUCAGAUCAAGAUCCUGAUGAAGAACGUGAAGGUGAUGCCAUUUGCAAACCUGAUGAGUUUGCUGGGCUCUGGGACAGAUUCUACAGCAGUUCUCCGCUGCAUACAGCAGGUGGCGAUGCUGGUCCAGGGAAACUGGGUGGUGAAGAGCGAUGUGCUCUACCCUAAAGACACUUCCAGUCCACAUAGUGGAGUCCCUGCAGAAGUGCUUUGUAGAGGGAGAGACUUUGUUAUGUGGAAGUUCACACAGGACCGCUGGGUUGUACGAAAGGAAGUGGCGGCAGUUACAAAACUUUGCCCUGAAGAUGUGAAAGACUUCCUAGAGCACAUGUCUGUGGCAAGAAUAAACAAAGGUUGGGAGUUCAUGCUCCCUUAUGAUGAAGACUUUGUUAAGAAGCAUCCAGAUAUAGUUCAGAGGCAACGUAUGCUGUGGAUGGGCAUUCAGGCCAAAUUAGAAAAAGUCUACAAUCUUGUAAAGGAACACUUGACACCAAAGAAGCAAGAGCCACAAUCAGGCCAUCCAUUGCUGGUUUCUGGGGAGCAAAGAGUCAACAUGGCAAAAGCGAAAGUCAAGCAGAACUAUGGGCAGCUAGAGAAGGAGUUCCAGAAGCAAAAGGCAGAACUGAAAUCAAGUGACACUUCAUCCAAGAUAGAUGUUUCUAAUAUCCACAUUAAAGAGGAGCCUGUGAGUGACGAGGAGCCCAUGGACACCUCAGUGUACGAAGGCCUGAACAACGGCAUUGUCAACGGCCUCCACAUGGAGGAGGACUCCACAGACUCCUUAAAUGGCCACUUGCCUGGAGGCUGCAGCGAUCGGGUAGCCCAAGAACUGAAGGCAUUUGUGUCCUCAACGUUUAGGAAACAAUUUGUGCUCACCUUGAGUGAGCUUAAACGGUUGUUUAACCUUCAUUUAGCCAGUCUGCCUCCAGGACACAUAUUGUUCAGUGGCAUUUCAGACAAAAUGUUACAGGACAUGGUGUUAGACAUUGGCUGCAAACAGAUUUUGGUGCCUUUUCCUCCACAGACUGCUGCUUCACCAGAUGAGCUAAAGGUUUAUGCACUUUGGGAAGCCGGUGACAUUUAUGAUCAGCAUCGCCAAGUUUUGCUUGAAAUUUUUUCGAAAAAUUAUCGAGUGCGCAGAAAUGUCAUUCAGAAUCAGCUGAGUCAAGACCUCAACAAGCAGGAGGUGGAUAGAGUGCUAAAGGACUGCUGUGUGAGCUAUGGUGGAAUGUGGUAUCUUAAAGGGACUGUGCAGUCUUGACGGCAGCUGUGGCGGUUUCUGUGCUUCAGAUGCUCUCCUGGAUGAAAGAGGAAACCUGCGGUGGGCGGCACAGACAGUAAUGCUGUGGCCUCAGGAGUGCGGGGCAGGAGCUGACCUACUUUGGGGCAUGUGGCAUUGCAGACAGUCACUGACAUCACAGCACACUCACACAUAUGUUUGCAUGGCCGCCUGGGUGCAGCGAGCAACUGGGAAGACAACACGGGACCCUGUCUGCAGUUUGAUUAAUCUGGGAUUUCUAAUGUAUUUUGCUUCUCCUUCUCUUUCCUUAUAAUAAAAUAAAACCAUAUACUGACACAGACAUGAUGGAAAAUCAUGGUCUAAUAUUUUAUUUUGUAAGUAAGUGAUGCCAAUAAAUUAAAUUUGUUUACAAACAUCCCAGGUUCUGUUAAAUACCUAGAUGCUCAGGCAUUAGUCUGAGCAUUACAACAGCCCUUGCCGCCUUCCUUUACAACAAGGGUAGUGAUGUUCAUGGGCACAUCAGGGCAGGGAGGGGGGGAUACAAAAUCAUUGUCUUUAAACAUUGUAUGACAUAGCAACUGUUCUCACCUGGUGUCUGUAAAAUGAACUGUCUGAAAAAGUACUUACACUUGAAAUAGAUGUGAAACAACUACUGGAUGUCUUAUUGAUGUGGGUUUUGGUUGAUGGAGUUUUGCCUUACUGUGUGCAAAGGUAAGUGCACCAUGUGCAAGGCAUCCAGCUGCAGUUAUCACACUUGGCAACAAUGUAAAACCUCUAUUUUGUGUAACUUUUUUAAAAAUAAAAUUUUAUCUUGAAGGUCA